AUGGGCAUUGAAGAGGAGGCAGACAGAACACUUUUUGUACGAAAUCUGGAUUCGAGGGUGACGGAGGAACUACUUUUUGAACUGUUUUUACAGGCUGGACCUCUCGUCAGAACCAAAAUCCCGAAAGACAACGAUGGGAAGCAAAAGACGUUUGGUUUUGCAGUUUACAAACACGAGGUGUCUGCGCCCUACGCCGUGCAGCUUCUGAACGGGGCGAUGUUGUUUGGGAGAACACUUCAUGUACAGUUCAGAUCUGGAAGCAGUCAUGGCAAUAGUCCAGGAAAGACGCAAAAUUCUAAUCCCGCAAAUACUCCUAAUCCCCAUGGUGCAAGGAGCCCAGUUCAGUUCAAUUCUCCACCGUACACACCUCCGCAAACGCAGCGCUCAUUCUUCAGUCCAGACAACAAUUUACAGAAGCAUGCCAUGAUGAACAAUAUGAUGUGGUACACGCAGCAGAUGCAGCACCUUGAACAGUUAACUCCACAGUCUUUAUCAAGACCUGGAGGUAGUUCAAGGCACGACAACACACCGUACAGGCAGAACAACGAAAGCAGAGGUUGUUUAUACGUGAUCCACUCAUGGGAGUGUGUAUAUAGGAACCAAACCAGAGAGGGAGACACCAUGCACUGUCAAGCCGAGCUGAGGCUCUCCACUCCCGGGCAGCUCAAAGCGGCAAGAAGACGCUACAAGACGUUCAUGAUCGAUGAGAUUCUGUCCAAAGAGACUUGUGAUUAUUUUGAGAAACUUUCUCUUUACUCUGUGUGCCCUUCGCUCAUCGUCAGACCCAAGCCGCUCCAUUCAUGUCCAGGCUCUCCGUCUCUGCGCGCCUACCCGCUCCUGUCUGUGAUCACGCGGCAGCCCCCCACCCUGGUCGCCUCUUCACACCUGCCCCGGGACGGCUCCCCCCACCUGCCUCACGCCCACGGGCAGGAGCCGUGUCCCAGCCAGACCCCCCUGAGCAUCAGCAGCGAGUCGGACACGGAGCUGGGCACGCCCCGCCUCAAGAAGCCCAGACGCAGCCGCACCAUCUUCACCGAACUGCAGCUCAUGGGCCUGGAGAAGAAGUUCCAGAAGCAGAAGUACCUCUCCACACCGGACCGGUUAGACCUCGCGCAGUCUCUGGGACUCACUCAGCUCCAAGUGAAGACGUGGUACCAGAACAGACGCAUGAAGUGGAAGAAAAUGGUGCUGAAAGGCGGUCACGAGGCCCCCACUAAACCCAAAGGGCGACCAAAGAAAAAUUCCAUCCCCACGACGGAGGAGAUUGAGGCCGAGGAGCGCAGACUACAGCUGGAGGAGGAGAGGAGGCGGCGAAUGGAAGGCGGGACGGCGAGCGAGCAGGACGAGGAACAAGAGGUGUUUUUGGACACGGAAACGGAACCUCACAACACGCAGGAAGAAGCCGAGAAGAUGCAGCUCGUAAUGCCGCCAGAGUGCCAAAACACAAGUUAA